CCGGUAAUCUUUAGAAUUUAAUUUAAUGUCGUUUUUCAUACUAACCGGUCGUGUACGUAAGUCGUUUUGUGAAUUGUAAACGGAAAUGGCUAAGGCUACAAAGCUUUUGGUGAAUAUCUUGUUUUCUGUUGGAUUUUUACUUGGAUCCUGCACGUCCGAUCCGUGGGACCUUGUACCGGAAAUUCUAAGCCGAAUCAGAGAACCGCUAAUACCAAAUCGAAUUUUCAACAUUGAUGAAUACGGUGCGAUUAGAAGCACUAAUUCUAGUAGUGUAGAGGAGCCUACAUCUAUUGUUGAUGCUAACAUUCAAGCAUUCGAAACUGCAAUUCGGGCAGCGUUUGAUGCCGGCGGUGGAAGAGUUCGAGUUCCCGCUGGGACAUAUAUGACAUCAGCAAUCACUCUAUUAUCAAACGUAGCACUUGAGGUGACAGCUGGCGCUGUGAUAAGAUUCACAAGAGACACCACGAAAUACAAAAAUGUUUUCACCAGAUGGGAAGGAGUUGAGUUGUGGAACUAUUCUCCAUUCAUCUACGCCUUUGAAGCGGAAAAUAUCGCAAUUACGGGAAGUGGAACCAUUGAUGGUAAUUGUGACUGUGAUCAUUGGUGGCCGUGGAAAGGAUAUUGGCCUGACGUACACCGAAUGUGCUGGGAUCCGAACGGCACGAAUCAAGAUAAAGAUCGGAAUGAUCUGUUCCAAAUGGCAGAAGACGGUGUACCAGUUAGCGAGCGUAUUUUCGGUGAAGGUCACUACUUAAGACCGAUGUUCAUUCAACCAUAUAGAUCGAAAAAUGUUUUAAUCGAAGGAGUUACAAUAGUGCGAUCGCCGAUGUGGAUUGUACAUCCAGUUUUGUGUGAAAAUGUAAUAAUUCGAAACAUAAACAUAACCAGUCUAGGCCCAAACUCUGAUGGUGUUGACCCAGAAAGCUGUAAAGACGUUUUGAUUACAGGAGUUACGUUUAAUAACGGCGACGACAAUAUUGCCAUCAAUGCUGGACGAAAUGCCGAUGGACGAAGAGUGAACAAACCAUCUGAAAAUAUUGUCAUUCAGAACUGUUCAAUGGCUGAUGGACACGGUGGUAUUACACUUGGAAGUGGAUGUUCGGGUGGUAUAAGAAAUAUUUUCGCCGAAGAUUGUACCUUGGACAGUACUAGUUUGGAUACUGCUAUUAGAGUGAAAAAUAACGCAAUUCGAGGUGGUCGACUUGAAAAUUUUAAUGUGAGAAAUAUUGUCGUAGGUCGUGUUGCUAAACAGGUGAUCGAAGUCGACUUCGACUACGAAGAAGGUUCCGAUGGUGUAUUCAUGCCAAUUCUGCGUGAUUGUGUGAUAGAAAAUGUGGUGGUAACGGAUAGUGCACCACUGACUUUAAAAAUAAGAGGAUAUCCGGAACCGGAUCGCUCCAUUAUCAGAAUGACAUUCAAGAAUAUUUCAUUCAAUGGAAUUACGGAAGAUCCGCAUUUUGUCUUGGAAAAUUUUGAUGAAAUUCAUGAUGAGAAUGUUUAUGUUAACGGUCAGCCAUGGAAGAUUUCUAAUGGAGUAUCUAUUGCUGAACCAACUAUAGUGUUACUAGCUAUUAGUGUAGUGCAAUACUUUCUUUAAGAGUUUAAGUUAUUAAUGAAAUAAAUGUCAGGAGUUUUUAUUCGCG